AUGUCCGGCAUCGCAGGGGACCUCCCCAACAUCAAGUCUGAAGACCUGCGCAACCUCAAGGCCCUGACCUUUGACGUCUUCGGCACGGUCGUGGACUGGCGCACCUCCGUCGUCGAGGAGCUCACGUCCCGCGCGCGAGCCAAGCUCUCGGGCUCUUCCAAACUCGCCACAGAAGACAAAGACAAGCUCGCGGCCGCGGACUGGGGCCGUUUCACGCAGCAGUGGCGGGACUCGUACAAGCACUUCACGCGAAGCUACGACCCCAGCUCGACGCCGUGGAAGGACAUUGACACGCAUCAUUAUGACAGUCUAGUGUCCCUGCUGGAGGCGUGGGGGCUGGGCAGGGUGUAUCAGGAAGAGGAGGUGCGAGAGUUGAGUCUGGUAUGGCAUCGUCUGCGGCCUUGGGGCGAUUCCGCCCCGGGCCUGCGGCGGUUGGGCGGGAAGUUUCAAACCUCGACGCUCUCGAACGGGAACAGGUCCCUUCUCCGGGAUUUGGAUGCUUUCGCGGGGCUCGGGUUCAAGAGGCUGCUCUCGAGCGAGGACUGGAAGGCGUAUAAGCCCAACCCGGCGGUGUAUGACGGUGCGGUGAGAGCGCUUUUGGGAGAGGAAGGGAAGCCGAGGGAGGUGGCGAUGGUGGCGGCGCACCUGGGUGAUUUGAUGGCGGCGAGGGGUAGGGGGAUGAAGACUGUGUAUGUCGAGAGGCCCGGGGAGGAGGACUGGGAUAGGGAUGGAGAGGCGUUUGAGGAUGCAAAAGGGUGGGUUGAUAUUUGGAUCGGGGAAGGGGAAGGCGGGUUUGAGGAAGUUGCGAGACGGUUGGGCGCGUAA